CUCCCAUCAUCGGGAAAUCCAUCAUCAUCACCCGUCAUCAUCAUCAUCUUUCAUUCCUUCUCUUCAAAUCUUCGGCUUCACCUCUGACUUUAGCACGGGCGCUUGUGCUUUCAAUCGUUCUGGAAAUUACUGUCAGAUACUAUUUCGGGUGUAUCCCUUAUCAUUCCACCUCCUGCCUCCAUUGUCGCAACACAAUUUGCGAACCUGCUCUCACGCACAGCCAUCGACCUUGUGUUUUUCGCCGCCAAUAAAACCACUAAUAAUGGCAACAAACAACACUGGGGGGGUGACCUCCUCCGGCAUUGCCACGAAUGAAGCCACCGGAGAACGCUACAUUCCUUCCUCAACUCGCGCAGACGGCUCUAAGCGUCGGGAGAUCCGCGUUCGCCCAGGCUACCGCCCUCCCGAGGAUGUCGAGCUCUACAAGAACCGCGCGGCUGAAGCCUGGAAGAAUCGCGGCAAGACUGGCGGAGGCGUGCCAGGCGCCGAAGGGCUCAAGUCUGCCGACGAGGCCGAGGCUACCAAAUCCGGUUCCGCAGCCAGCAACAAGAACGCCAAACGUCGGGAGGCGCGCAAGAAGGCUAAAGCGACCCAAGAAUCAGCGGGCGCAGCCAAGGACGUGAAGCAGAUUGAGAACUGGCGAGCAGCUGCACCCAACGGUGAGGAAGCUAAGCCAACCGAGCAGGCGCUGGAUCCCGAAGCGGAGAAAGAGAAGAAGGCCCGCAACCUGAAGAAGAAACUGAGGCAGGCCCGCGAUCUGCGCGACAAGAAAAACCAGGGCGAGGCUCUGCUGCCGGAACAGCUUGAGAAGGUCAUCAAAAUCCAGGAACUCGUUCGCCAGCUCGAUGCACUGGGUUUCGAUGCCAGCGGGGAUAAGAAAGACGCUUCCGCCGAAGAGAAGGCCACGGAGAGUGAGAAGGUCUGAGGUGCGCCUUGUGGCAAUCUCUUUUUACCAGACCCAUAGGACCCCAGAGCACUGGGCUACCUUUCACCGAGGACCACCACCGCGAUACUUACCUCUAAUUGAGGAAUCCAUACCAGUGAUCUAUGGCCGCCUGCCAAAAAUGCAGAUGUGGCGUUGAACUGCAGCUGAAGAAAACUUCGCUUGGCCCAAGCCCGCUCUUCCGACUCCUCGCCUGGGAGCGUGAGUACUGUAUCUUAUCAGACUAUACUCAGGACUCGCCGGCUUGCAAGACAAGAAU